AUGGCUUCCUCAAAUUCUAACUUCAAAAUUCUUUCCCAACCACCAGUCGGAAAAACACUCUUGAAAUAUGACAUUAAACAACAUCCCCAAUCACAAUCCCUUGAAAUUCCUCCAGUCUUCAUCGCCGCCGUUCAAGCCCGCGAGGAUGUAUUCGUUGCAAUGUACGACGAACUUACCUUUGAAAACAACCUCGACUACGACGACCCCAGAUCAAUCCACUUCGUCGCAUUCUCGAACACUCCAGAUGAGGAAGACAUAGAGCCAAACUCCAUCACCGACAUCCAAACCCGGAACAAAUUCGUAUUAAGAGCAAUUGGCACUCUCCGCUUCAUCCCCUUUCCCCAAUAUCAUCAGCACCCGCCUCCAGGAAUGGUCUUUGACGCCGACUCCCUACGAGCAAGCGCGGCUGUAGAGAAUUCUGCUGAGCUCUUCCUCGGAAUCCCAGAAUACAAACCAGACCGCCCAACGAAAUUUCACGACGGCAUCGAGGCGUACAUUAAAGUAGGUCGGAUGUGCGUGAUCAAGGAGUGGCGUGGGAAGGGCGUGAUGGAUGAGUUGCUACGCACUGGGUAUAAAUGGUUAACUGAGAAUAAGGGGUGGACGACGGGGACUAUUGGUGGAGAGGAGAGGUUUGGUGGGUGGAAAGGAUUGAUUUGUGCGCAUGCUGAUAUUAAUGCGAAGAGGAGCUGGGAGAGGAACGGGUUUGUGGUUGAUGAGGAUAUGGGGUGUUGGUGGAUUUUGGGGAUUCAACAUAUUUGUAUGUGGAAGAGGAUUGAGUUGGAUUGA